AUUCAACUCCGAAUGAAUGGGCUACAAAUUUAACGAUUCAACGCUUUGAGCUAUUUCGAGCUUUCUUCAACACCACUAGAUAAGAAUACGUAGUAAUCUUCUCUGACAUAAACACAUCGUUGUGGUCCUCUGCUUUUAUCAGGAGAAAACAAAAUUUGCUAGUCACGACUGCAUAAUCGCAUCCACUCAGUACCAUUCAGACAGUCUGAAGCGAGAGAUGUCACACAGCGAAGACUACAUUUUCUAUGGUGGACAACUGAAGUCCAACAUCCACUGUGGAUGUUCCUCGCUCGGAGCGUUGAUUAUUCAACGCUUGAAAGAACACGGGAAUGAAGUUGCAUUUAUUGAUGCUGUAUCCGGAAGGACUAUGACCUUUCAACAAAUAUUGGAAUGUUCUACGAGCGUUGCUAGCCGCAUGAAGCAUUACGGUCUUGGAAAGACAUCCAUCAUCGGCAUUAUGAGCGAAAAUCGUCUAGAAUACUCGAUUGCAGCAUUUGCUACCAUUUUUGUAGGAGGCAUCCUCAUCCCACUGAAUCCCAGUUACACCCCAACAGAGCUUAAGCACGUACUGAACUUGACAAAACCCCAAACGAUAUUUACAUCUACCAGAGCUUGUGGUACGCUUAAGUCAGCCAUGUCGGGAGAUUCAUCAAUCAAAUUCAUAGUUUCGUUUGACAACGAGGUUGACGAGCCGUCUGUGAAGCCUUUCGGUGAAUUCCUGAAAAGUGACACGAGAGAAUCGAUCAUACCUGAUCCGGUAAUUCUUAAAAAUGACGUUGCCAUUAUGGUUCUUUCAUCUGGAACUACUGGUUUGCCGAAGGCAGUUCAACUGACACACUUCAACGUAAUGACCGUCGUUGCGUACAUGCGUGAGGAUCCCAGAUAUAACGAACUAUCCGUCCCGAUUCGACUUUUAGGACUUUUACCAUUUUACCAUGUCUACGGUUUUAUGCUGAUGCUGAACGUUUGUUGCAAUCGGUACUCGAUGGUAGUACUUCCUCGUUUUGAACCGGAUCUUCUGCUACGAAGCAUCCAAGAUCAUAAGGUUACAAUGGCAAACUUGGUUCCACCUCUGGUCGUGUUCCUAGCAAAACAUCCAUCCGUUGAGCAGUAUGAUUUGAGUUCACUACAGGCGGUACUCUGCGGAGCUGCUCCUCUUAGCAUGGAUAUAGAGCUGCAAGUGGUUCGUAGAUUACCUCACAUUCAGAAUAUCCGAGUCGGAUAUGGAAUGAGUGAGGCUUCCUUGGGUGUAAUAUCGAAGAUCAAUGGGAAGCCAGGAACUGUUGGACGUGUUCAUAAAACCACGUGGGUGAAGGUAGUUGAUAUUGAAUCCGGGAAAGCAUUGGGACCUUAUCAGGUUGGAGAAAUAUGUAUCAAAGGUCCUCUAGUUAUGAAGGGAUAUUACAAAAACGAGCAAGCAACUCGAGAGACGAUUGAUUCUGAUGGUUGGUUACACAGUGGAGACACAGGCUAUUUCGAUGAUGAAGGGGAUUUUUUCAUCGUGGACCGGAUCAAGGAUCUCAUCAAGUACAAGGGAUAUCAGGUAGCACCGGCAGAGGUGGAGGAUAUUUUGUUGAGUCAUCGCAAGAUACGGGAUGCGGCAGUAGUUGGUAUUCCAGACGAGGAUAGUGGAGAGCUGCCAGCAGCGUUUGUUGUGCUUCAGGAAGGUGAACAACUUUCAGUGGCUGAUGUUCAACGGUUUGUGGCGUCAAAACUAUCUCCUCAGAAACAUCUUCGCGGGGGUGUAUAUUUCCUGCAAGAGAUUCCAAAAACCGGAAGUGGCAAGAUUCUUCGCCGUGAGUUGAGAGAUCGGUUUUUGGGAAAGAAGAAGUCGAAGUUAUGAAUAACGUUGGCGCGAAAUAUAUUUGCAAAGGAAUAGAUGCGUAAACCUAUAAAUUGGUUAGGCAUAAGGACGUUUGGCAUAAUUCUACCCCAUUACCCUGAAUGCCACUACCCCGAACGUCACUACCCCGAAAGCCAUUUCCCUGAAUAGGCCAUUACACCGAAAGCCAUUACCCCGAAAAGGCCACUAUCCCGAACGCCACUGCCCCGAAAGCAUGUUUUGGGUUAUUUUGAUAAUGGGUUAUAAAUAAUUUGUCGUAUUUUUGUGCUGUGAUUGUGAUGAGUGUUAUCCUGUCUAGUUUGGGUAGUGGCUACGUCUAGGAAACCUCAGAUCAAUUUUCAGUGUAAAAUGCGUGUGUAGCCUAAGUGGCUCUACUUCAAAAAGUUCAUUUUCGUAGGGUAACUUCUGUAUA